AGGUUUUAGAGCUGUUAACGUGGGUACUCUGCACAGCAGCACUCUGAAAUAGGACUGAUGAUAUCCAUUUUACAGAUAGGGAAACUGAUGCCUGGUGGGUAGCCCUUGGUCUCACAGCUAACAAGCUGCAGAGCCGGGAUUUGCACCCAAGCUCUGGCUCCCUAACCUCUGUGCUUUGUUGCUCACUGCUCAUUUUUUGGCCCCUCUUUGAGGAGCCUGAAGGUCAGGGUUUCACUUUGCCAUCUGAGGUCAAUUUUGGGCGGGGAUCCCAAGCCAGUUCUGAGGUCGCCUGGGUCACACACCAGUGGCACCGCCCCUGGUUGCCCUGGGAUGCCUGAAGAGCUGAGCAAGAGGAGGACAGGCAGUAGGCCAAUGGUUGUUGCAGCUCCUCACCUGGGCAGCCACGUGGGCUUAGGUAUGCCAGUGGCUCCGCCCUGGGCCCAGCCCAGCCCCUCCCCAGCCAGGGCUCUGGGAGCGGAAAUUCCUGUGUGGGCCAGACGGAACGGGUGUGGAUCCCAGCUGCCGGACUUGGCCAUGGAGCCAGUAGCGACCUGGACCCCCAGGAAAGUGGCGGCUUGGCUGAGAGGCCUCGAUGAUUCCCUGCAGGACUAUUGCUUUGAGGACUGGGAGCUGCCUGGCAAGUACCUGCUCCAGCUCUGUCCCCGAAGCCUGGAGGCUCUAACUGUGUGGCCUCUGGGCCACCAGGAGCUCAUCCUGGAAGGGGUGGAGCAGCUCCGGGCCCUGAGCUCUGGGCUCCAGUCAGAGAACCUGCAGAGCCUGACAGAAGGGCUGCUGGAGAGGAUCCAGGCGUUUCAGAGCUUAGUCCAAGGUCACCUGAGGGGCUGUGCUGACACCCCUGCGAAUGUCCUCAGCGCAGCCGUGGAGCUGGUGCAAGAGGCCCGUUCCCUCCUCUUCUGGCUCAACAGGUACCUCUUCUCCCACUUAAAUGACUUCUCAUCCUGCCAGGAGAUUGGGGAGUUGUGCAGGGAGCUGGGCCAGGCCUUGCAGGAGGACUGUCCAGCGGCUGAGAAGGAGAGCAAAGUCCUGAGGAUUUGCAGCCACGUAGUUGGGAUCUGCCACAGCAUCCUGAGCUACAGCCCGGAGGAGCUGCGGGAGCAGAGGGCUGUGCUGGAGCGCGUGCCGCUGGACGAUCCUUCGGGCCUGGAGAUCCACACCACCAGCAACUGCCUGCACUUCGUGUCUCGAGUGGGCCCCCAGGUCCCGGACGACUCCCAGCUUCAGAUUCUUCCUGGAGACGAGAUUGUCCAGGUCAAUGAGCAGGUGGUGGUGGGCUGGCCCCAUAAGAACGUGGUGAGGGAGCUGCUGCGGGAGCCAGACGGGGUCAGCUUAGUGCUGAAGAAGGUCCCAGUCCCAGAGACACCCCCACAGACCCCUCCUCAGGCCCUGAGCUCCUCACACCCAGUGAGCCCAUCACUGGCUCCAGCCCCACUGUCUCCCAGGGCCCUGUCUGAAGACGUCUUUGCCUUUGACCUGACUUCAAACCCAAGUCCUGGGCCCAGCCCUGCUGCCUGGACAGACUCGACUUCCUUUGACCCCGAGCCCCUGCCCGGCCCACCUGCACCCCCAGCCACACUCCCAACAGGGGUAGCAGACACCCCGGAGCCCCUAGAGCACCCUGACAAGAGUCCUGUCCUUGGUCGCAAAAAAUCAAAAGGCAUGGCGACACAGCUGAGCCGCCGGCGGGUGUCCUGCCGGGAGCUGGGCCGGCCUGACUGUGAUGGCUGGCUCCUGCUGCGCAAGGUGCCAGGGGGCUUCAUGGGCCCGCGCUGGCGCCGCUGCUGGUUUGUGCUCAAGGGACACACGCUCUACUGGUACCGCCAGCCCCAGGAUGAGAAGGCUGAGGGCCUCAUCAAUGUCUCCAACUACAGCCUGGAAAGUGGACAAGAUCAGAAGAAAAAAUAUGUGUUCCAGCUCACCCAUGAAGUGUAUAAACCCUUCAUCUUUGCUGCUGAUACCCUGAUGGAUCUGAGCAUGUGGGUGCGCCAUCUCAUUACUUGCAUUUCCAAGUACCAAUCUCCAGGCCGGGCCCCCCUGCCCCGAGAGGAAGACUGCUACAGCGAGACGGAAGCAGAAGACCCUGACGAUGAGGCUGGAUCCCUCUCUGCCUCUCCCAGCCCGGCCCAGGCUGGGAAUCUACUCCACAGAGACACAUCACCCGCCACCACUCCCACGCAGGGCAGCCCGCGGACCUCCUUUGGCCCUCUGACAGACAGCAGCGAAGGGGCACUGGAAGGAAUGGUACGGGGCUUGAGGCAGGGUGGCGUGUCCCUGCUGGGCCAACCUCAGCCCUUCACUCACGAGCAAUGGCGGAGCUCUUUCCUGCGGCGCAACCGGGACCCACAGCUCAAUGAGCGAGCGCACCGCGUGCGGGCGCUGCAGAGCACGCUCAAGGCAAAGCUGCAGGAGCUGCAGGCCCUUGAGGAAGUACUAGGGGACCCCGAGCUGACUGGAGAGAAAUUCCGCCGCUGGAAGGAGCAGAACCAGGAGCUCUACUCAGAGGGCCUGGGGGCCUGGGGAAUGGGGCAGGCUGAGGGCAGCUCCCAAGUCCUGAACUCUGACUCUAGAGAACAGUCUUCCCACCCCGUGCCCUCUGACCCUGAGGAGCACUCCCAUCUCUGCCCCCUGACCCCAGAGAGCGACCUACGACCUCCUGACCUCUAACCCUAGCCAGUACCCUAAUUCCUGAUCUCUGGCCUUGAUGACCACCUCAACCCCCAGCCUCUGACAGGUCUAGGACCCAGCAUCCCUGGAUUCUCUUCCAGGUUGGAAGUAGUGCUAGUCUAUGGUUUCACUCUAAGCUGACCUCCUUUGCCUGAGCUUCUGCCAUUUCUGUUCCUCUCGCCCCUGGAGUAGGGUGAAAUGAAGUGAGCUUUGUGCCAACGAAGGAGCGGGAGGCUGGGCUGAAAGAACUCUCUCCCACCCCGUGCUCUGACCUGUGGGGGCACAGACAUUUCCCCUCCAUCCCUCAGCACUUCUUCCUUCCCCAAACCAGUCUGCAUGGGCAUUCUUCACUUUACACAGGAGACGCUUUUAACCAAAUAAAGUCAGUUCCUCUAA